ACUUGAGUCGGCACCGUUCAAACCUUUCUCCCCGUGCUGGUUAUUACUUUGGGAAAUCUGUGGAGUGGGAACGCUGCACAGAAUUCGGACAAGAAGAAAGAAGGAAGAAAAAAGAAACUUGUGGAUUUGUGAAUUAUUAAGCCCAAUCGCGUUGACUCGGGCUGCGGGGAAAGCCAGGUUCCGGAGGAAGCGGACGCCGAGCUGCCUGCAGGGGGCGCGCCGGCCCGUCCGUGUGGAGCGGAGUUCCCACAGGAAUGUAGAAACGUCACCGUGGAAAAAGCGAGAGGAAGAGGGACACGACACGACAGGACAUGUAGAAAGCGGACGGCGGGGUCCCAGAGUGAUGGAGAGCAUUCUGAGCAGGCUGCGAGCUCUGAGCCCGGAUGAGCUCCGUGCUGAGAUCAUGGGGGCAGGGCUCAAGUGUGGACCCAUCACCAGCACCACCAGGCUGCUCUUUGAGAAGAAGCUGGCGCUCACCAUUUUGGAGAACCAGGGAGGCAGCGAUGAGGUUUCCGACGCAGAUGGUGGCACGAGCGGAAAGGCGUCUAAUACGGAAAAGGUUGGCGAGGAGGGGGAUUUUGGCUACGGCCAGGGACUCAACCCUCCAGAAGAGGAAGCCUUAGCAGGAACAGUGACUGAUGCCCCCAGCUGGACUGCUGAGGGUGUGGUUCCUUCCCCGAGGACAACACAGGAGCCCCCUUCCCUCUUCUAUGGUGUUUGUCCUGAUGAGGAUGGGCUGGUUGGGCAGGAGGAUGUCCACGUGUACGUAAGCAAAAACGACGCCAUGAAAGCCAUGAGUAGGAUGAGAGGAGCCAGAUUCAAAAUAUAUUCUAACAGAGAAGACGCAGAAAAGUUUUCCAAAGGGAUUUGUGAUUCGUGUCCUUCGCCUUGCAAAUCGACGCCAGACGGGUUGCCCGAGAAACCAGACAGGCUUACUUCUCCAGAGGCAGAACCCCUGAAUGGUGAGCGGGCCAACAGUUACAAGACCCCACGCACUCAAGACCUCACAGCGAAGCUAAGGAAGGCCGUGGAGGAUGGGGAACAGGCAGCCUUCAAGAAACUUGUGUGGAGCAACCCGCGCUAUCUGAUUGGCUCCGGGGACAACCCCACUAUAGUGCAGGAAGGCUGCAGGUACAAUGUCUUGCACGUGGCUGCGAAAGAGAACCAGCCCGGGAUUGCCGAGCUCCUCCUGGACACUCUGGAGGACCCCGAAUUUAUGCGCCUCAUGUACCCUGAGGAUGAGGAGGACAUGCUGCAGAAACGCAUCCGCUACAUCGUGGACUUGUACCUCAACACUCCCGACAAAGUGGCCUGUGAAACUCCGCUGCACUUUGCCUGCAAGUUCGGGAAUGCAGAAGUGGUCAACGUGCUGUGCUCGCAUCCAGACACCGAUAAGAACUGCAAAAACAAGUACAAUCAGAAGCCUGUCAGUAUCAUCUGUGAACGGAAGAACAAAUGCAAAGAAAUAAAACAGAAGAUUAAAGGCUACUUGGAAGAUCAAUUCUACGUGCCCGUACUGAGAGCUGCAGACAACUCGGCCCAGCCUGUUAUUGGAGCCCCUUGGUCACCUGAGCAACUGGAGGCUGCUCCCAGAUAUCUGGGUCCUGGACUUUCAGGAAGUCCCAAGGAUCCUGUGAUGACAGUGAGAGCGUUUGUUGGCCCGCUCAGCCAGUCUAAGGCACGGGAUUUUCGAAGAAUGUGGAAGACGCCGCCCAAAGAACGCUCAGCGUAUUUCCACAACAUUCUCAAAUCUGAUCCUGACCGUGGCGCCGAACGAGUCGGCAGGGAACUGGCCCACGAGCUGGGAUAUCCCUGGGCUGAGUACUGGGAGUUUCUGGACACCUUCAUCAACCUGUCUACUGAGGAUGGCCUGGAGCUGCUGGAGGAAUACUUAAGCAGGAAGGAGUGUGGCGAACAAGAUUUGCAGGGUGCCAAGAAAAAGAGGAAUGGAAAACCCAGAAACGUUUGCAACUCCAUUAGCGUUGGGGCAUUUCUAGAUGAAGAGGAUGGCAGUGCCCUGAACCUGGGGGAAGACAUUCUGGAAAACGAGCAGAAUAACUCUCUGAGCAGUACACCGGGACCGUGUGCCACCGAUAGCCUGAAGGAGGGCCGCUCUGAGAAGCAGCGUCGGAACUGGCUGUGCUCCCCACUGGAGGAGGAGAGGGGUCCCAAAGCAGAGAGGCUCGGUCGAGAUCAUGCGUCUCCAGUGUCCAACCUCAUGAAUGAAUUUGAGAAGGUUUCGGUGUUGGCGUCAGGAAGGAACACGCAUGAGAGGGGCCAGGGGGACUCGGAGUCGGAGGAGACGUGCAGCAGUAGCUCCGAGGAGUAUUUCACAGCUGACGAGAGUGAUGAGGAGGGUAUCUGUCAUAUGGCUGGGAUGACUGGGACCCGGUCUGCGUUCUGGAACGUGGCGCAAAAAGAUCCUGACAGCUCAUGUUCUUCCUCCUCCUCCUCCUACAAGUCCCUACAAAGCUCCGAGGAGGACUUGAGGCCACAGACUCCACCACGUCUCGCAAGGGGACCCUUCAUCGACGGGGAGUCUCCGACCAAGCUGGACUGCGAGGUCCUGUUUGAGAUCGAAACUGUGGAGUUUGACUCUCAGAAGUACCCUUGCAUUGAAAGGUGGAAGAGUACAGUCCAGGGUUACAGUCCCCCCCAGAUGCAAAGAUGGCCAAGCCCAGGAUGUGCGGGAAAGAUCCCCGGCUCGGCUCCACGUUCUCCCAGCAGCCCUGUCCGUCCGUGUGGCAGCCCUCGCCCCAGGCGCUACAGUCCCGUCCGUUCCGUUUUCAUCCAGAGCCUUCGCCAAAACCACCAUAGUAAACCCUCGGUCUGGCCAUGAGGUACGCUCAAGCCAGCGGACAUCCGCAGUCCUGACAGCAUUUGUCUCGGAUGCCCAGCGAUCGCGAUUCAUGCGCUUGCAGCAUUUUGUGUAUUAGUGUAGUGACUUGUGUUUGUUUACACAACUGUUUCAAGAAGCUUUAUGCUCAGAAGAGCAUCAUUUCACUCUGACAAAGAUUUCUUCAGACUAAACCAUAUAAAAUGUAGGCAGAAACAUCCAUUUCAGAAACAUCAGUUUCUUUAAAAAUGUUAAGAGUCGGAUGCAGCGUCUGGAAUGUUGGGAGGUCGGUAGGAGGCCAACUGCGGGAGGCCAGACCCUGGCUGCAGGCUGUACUGAGCAGCAUAGCGAGUGGAGAGAGACCUGCGGGCACCUGGCAGACCCUGAACAUCUCUGUGGGCAGCAGCCAUCCCAGCCACACCAAGGAGCACAAGCCACUUUGAGCUCCUUGCCUACAGUGGUAUGGCAGUAAGUGCGGAAAUACCCCAUUGUUACCAUUUCUGUACCGCCCAGACCCGUGGAAAUGGUUUUGAUUGAGUGCUACGUUUCAACAUAAUGUUAAUAGGUAGUCGUUCCGUCUUGUAGCUGGUCUGAUAAGGAACGGUUACGGUAACUUUUCAUAAAUCUCAGAAAAUUAUACGCAUAGUUGCGCAUCAAAACUGAAGACGUCAGGAGUAAAAUUAUAGUGAGAAAACACGUAUACAACCUUAAUGGAAGUAUUGUUUACAGCGCACUUUGUGUUUUAAUAGAUGUAUGUGAGCUGCAAGUAUAAUCACAAAUUUAGACAGCUGUCCUCCACUAUUCCCAAAAUUCUGUGCAACAUUUAGAUGUGACAGCGGUGAGCUUUAUUUUGAGGAAGAGGACAAACACCUGUCCCUCAAUUAAUGGGUUAAUUUGCUUCAUGAAGUUACUGUUAGGUGAAUUCCUUUUUUUGACGGGACUAAUUUGCCAUUAUUUCAUGUGGUAGGUAAAAAAAAAAAAAAAAGAAUUCCCUUGCAAAAAAAAUCAGUUAAGAUUAAAAAACAAUUUCUUAAAAAAUUUAAAUAAUGACAAUGAUACUUGUUUAAUAAUAUUAUGUCUGCUCUCUUCUAAUGAUAUAUUUUCACUCACUCAUUAAUUAUCAGUAACAGCUUGUUGAGUAGGGGGGUGCAGUGGCGUAGUGGGUUGGACCGGG